AAUUCAACAGCCAGUUGGUGAGGGAGCUAGAAAAGGUCUGUUAUAAUUUUCUGUCCUGCUCGUCAGCUGCGAUUUUGAUUUUCUGUUUAAGAGCUACAUGCCUGCACUGCAGUUUUCCUAACAGAUGAUACAGGACUAUGCUGAGAAGGAGAAAGCUGCAGCCAAGGCUCUGGAAGAUGUAAAAGCUAACUUCUACUGUGAACUAUGUGACAAGCAGUACCACAAACACCAGGAAUUUGACAACCACAUCAAUUCUUAUGACCACGCUCACAAGCAGAGAUUGAAAGAUUUAAAACAAAGGGAAUUUGCUCGAAAUGUUGCUUCAAAGUCAUGGAAAGAUGAGAAGAAACAGGAAAAAGCACUCAAGCGUCUCCACCAGCUUGCAGAGUUACGGAAGCAGUCAGAAUGUAUCACUGGAAGUGGACCAUUGCUUAAAGCCCCCAGAUUAGUCAUGGAAAAGCAGCAAUCACCAGAUGGCAUUUUCUUGUACAAGGGCAGCAAGUUCACAGCAAGUUCUCAAAGAACUGACAGGAAUGAAGGACAAGGUUUCUCCAGCAGUGUACUAGAGAAACAGCAAUUUCUCAUAAGCAGGCACCAGCCCCCUACUGAAAGAACCCGUACACUUGGAAAUCAAGUCUCACAUGCAUUCCCAGAUAACACAAAUACUUCUCCAAGGGCAGGAGUGUCUUUCUCAUUCUCUAAAAAAGUCCCUUUGAAGCUCGAGUCUUCAGCAUCGGUCUUCAGUGAGACAUCUGAAGAAGGAAAUGAUUGUAGUGAAUCUCCCAACCAUAAAACAAAGCAAGGUCUUGAGGGCUGUCGUUCUGGCACACUUUUGGAGGAGGAUGUGAAAGUGAGCUUGGAUAAAGUGCCAUCUAUUACACAAGACCAAUUGGAUUUGGAUAACAGUGCAUCAAGUCAUGUAGCUGCAAAACCUAAAAUGCUAAAGGAGAGUGAUAAAAGUAGUGAUAGAGAAUUAGAAGAAAAGGUCAGUGCUCAUCCUUCAUUUUCCAAAGUCAAAAUACAGCUUUCAGAUUUGGAUUUUUCUGGUUCACUUAGAGAAAUAGAGCAAGAGAGCCAAUUGAACGAGUCUGAGCAAUUGAUAGAAACUCUCAUUUCACCUUCAUGUCACGCUAGCAGUUUUUGUACACAGCUGAACACCUACAAGCGCAGGAAUGCCCACCUUCCUGACCAGUUACCUGAGCUCCCACAAGAGCCAGCACCUGAGCUGGCAUGCACAAGCAACAUUAAUGACAGUCCUGGGGUGGUAAAAAGAGAAAGAUCUUUGGAGAGUUCAGAAACCACAAAUGGGAAUAUAGAAACACUGCCAAGGCAAACCAUCGUUAAAGAGGUUAAGCCCCAGUCAUUGCCUUUCCUCCAUGUAGUGAGCAAAGAUGGCACCACUGCUCUGCAGUGGCCCACAGAAUUACUUUUGUUUACAAAAACUGAACCCUGUAUUUCAUACGGCUGUAAUCCAUUGUAUUUUGACUUCAGACUCUCUUUAAAUCACAAAGAUAGUAAACAGCAUGAAACAAACAAAGCAAGCUGUGAAGAGCACUCUAUAAAUAAGACUGCAGAUGAAAAUGAAGCCUCAGGUUUAAUAAAACACAAGCAAAUGUCAAAUGAACAAGAUAAUCAGUUGUUGAAACCAAAGAAGAUGAAAGGUUCCCUAAAUCCAAGAAAGGCCAAGCAAAAAUCUGAGUUAGAUAUAGGCAAAGAAAUGAAUGAAAAUGGUCAAAAAUGCGUUGAAGAUUAUUUGAAUGAAAAUAUACCCAAAGUGCCUGGUUACCUUGAUGUCUCACAAAAGGAUUAUAUGACAGGAAAAAGUCUUCAUACAACACUGAGAAGACCUUUAAAGCAUCAUUUUCAUAGCUGUGAAAGAAAAAAACGGAACAUCAGAAAUGAAAGCAUUUCCUUUUCUGCUUUUAUGUCUAGGAUUAAAAAGUCUAAAGCUGCAAAAUGUCAUUUAGUUUAUUCCAAGGAAAAACGUGAAAACCAAAAUGACUGCAGAUCCGUUCAAGAUGUGGCCAGCUGCAGCAGUGACGUAAGUGACAGUGGAAAAGACUCUAGUGGAAGUUUCCUUAGUUACAAAUCAAGUUCAAACAGCAAGUAUUCAGAAAAUGAAGGAUGUGGAAAUUUAAUGAGAUGCUGGAGAUUCCCAUCUCCUCAAAAAUCCUCCUCUGACAGACAUUCCAGCUAUUCUGACACUUCAGUUAGCAGUACAAGUAGUUACAUGAGCUACAUGAGUCCCACAUCAAACAAUCACAGCAGAAAUAAUUUGCUUUUUUAUUGUAAAAGGAAAAGAAAGACAGCUGAAAGGCACAAAUGUAAACACACAAAGCACAAGUGUAUUUUCACUUCUGAUGAUACAGAUGAGGAUUAUCUUUGUCAUAGUAGGAAUCACAGGACUAGAAACUGUACACAGAGGGGCACAAUUAAAUACCGAAGAUGUUCAAGGCAUAAAGUUUUACAACACGGAGACAGAUCUAAACAGAGCAGACACAGACACCAGCAUCUGGGCAAAGGGCAUAGUAGAAGUAGAAGCUAUCAUAGCUCCAAAAGUUGUUCCACCAGAGAUUCAAGAAGCAGUGAAAGAUCAUCUGGUAGCAGAAUAUCAAGAGGCAGCAGUUCAGGAUCCCUCUCAAAAGAGACUGACAACUGUGACAAAACAAACGAGGAUACAGAAAGAGGUUCUAAAACUGAACUGGGAAGAGCUGAAACUGCACAUUAUGAAUCUCUGAAUGUGAAUGGUCAGUCAGAAAACUUUUCCACCUGCUCUUCUAAAACCCUGGAAAAAGGCAUAUGUGGAAAAAGAAAGUCACUGACAGCCAAGUUACUUUUAGAAAGAGUGCAGUCCAAGAAAACCCAGGAACAAAUGCGUGAUUCAGAGAGAUUUUCAAACAUUUGUGGGGGAGAAUUAAAGGACCACUCACAAAGUCACUUUGCUCUCCAGUUUUCAGCAGCAGCAGAUGACAUUGCAAUGUUACCUGUGCAAGAGAAACUUCUAAGCAUAGAUGAAAAUGACAUGGGGCAUAAUGAAAGAAGUUUGUCGAAAACCAGUGUGAAGAAAACCAACUUUGAAGCAUCAGAGAUAACUAAUGUUGCUCUUUCAACAGGCACUGAUUAUGAUCAUUGCCUUUUUAAAGACAUCAUUCAAAUAGGAACAGGCUAUCAGAGCCCGAGCAUAAAAAGGAACACAGCAAUAAAGGAACAAUCCAAUCUCUUCAUUAGUGAAGUGCAACCCUUUAUACAAAGCUGUGACCCGGUACCAAAUGAUUUCCCUGGUGCUUUUCUCCCUAAUAGAUAUUCUGUUGUUGCUAAUUCAACAGAGACCAAAGAAGAACGACAUGAUGUAAACAUGGACUCAAACCAGGCAGAAGGCAGUUCAAACUCUCUUUGUGACAAUGCUAUGCAGAAGUAUGAUGACACAGUAAAUGACCUAGAAGUGUACAGUAAAUCCACCUCCUCUCCUUUAACGCAGCAGCCUAUCACGUUUUCACCAGAGGAAGUAGAUAAAUACAGGUUGUUGCAGCUGCAAGCCCAGCAGCAUAUGCAGAAACAGCUUCUGGCAAAACACCUGAAAGUUUUGCCUGCCCCAGGACCAGCUGCCUUCUCUGCAACACCAGCAGUUCCUGCCCUCCCUGUUCAGCAGCAUGCUACUGUCACCACCAUUCACCACACACUGCUGCAACGUUUUGCUGUCUCAGCAUCUGUACAUCCCCAUGGCAGCCAUCUCUCCCUGGCACACCUCCACCCCCUCUCUCAGGCACAUUUUGCCCCCGUAUCACUUUCCCCAUUAGCACCAGCCCUCAUUCCCACCCACCCUGCUUUGCUGACAGGACAUCCACUGCACUUGGUCUCCACCACACCCCUCCAGCCUUCCCCACUGACCUUCCCUGUACUGCCACACACUGCAUAUAUCCCAGCCUUAUUUACACCACACCUGAAUGCAGCCACACCUUCUGCCAUACAUCCAAAUCCCUUAGUUCAUCCAUUAUUCCAAGGGCAAGAGCCCCAUCAUCAUUCUUGCUCUAGCCAGACCCAACAGUUACCCACAAUAAAAGAAGUUUUCAGUGUUUCUAGCUAUUUAAACUAGCCCCCAAAAUUACACUAUGGCUCCAAACCCAAAUUUUAAUAAAAUAAAUUAUUCAAUGUUUAGUCAUGUGUCUGAGGGGAAAUGUACUGCUUUGCUGAGAGCACAAUGACAAAUAUUUUAAAGGCCACAUUCUGGCUGACAGCAUAUGAAUGUUGAUUUAGUUCCCAUAUCACUGGGUAAAAGCUGGUUUAAAGCCUUUUAUGAUACUGUUACAAGGAGGAUGGGGUCCAACUAGUAUCAUUCGAAAGAAGGUUUGGAAAAAACAACCUGAAGUAAAGUUUGUGAUUAUCAGUAGGAAUGGGACCACAGCACCCAGGUAUCAUGUGACCAAGAAUAUCAACACUGAUGAGUGACUUGAAGUAGCGCAAUUUAAGGUAGAGCAAUCUUGACACACCUCCAAGGUUUGCUUUUCUGAGUGUGUAUAUGCAACGGCAUUGUACUUGGUCUAGUUAAGGUAUUUCAGACAGAGCAAAAAAGAGGGUAUCUGGGACCACAAGUUCCUGGUUCUGUCUCCUGGCCAAAAUAAACUGAGGAGCCUCAGAGUGAGGGGUGAUACCACUGGAAAAAGAGGUACAAUAACAUCUCAAAGAUAACUUUAGUGAUUUUAUCCCUAGGCUAUGCUGCUUGGAUGGUGUAAAGGGACUGCAGUCUUGUCACAGGUACAGAACAAAAAAUUCCCUUCGUGUAAGGGAGCUCUGCACUGGCACAAGCAAGCUGCUGUUUUUCUUCCUGAGCCAAGCAUCCAAGAAAGCAAGGGAAAGAAGGGGAUGAAGACAAGUUCUUUGGCAUUGCCUGUCUGUGGCUGUAGCAUAGGGUAUGUCAGUGGUGGGCUGCAGCAGCCCAGAGCUGCUAAGCAGCUAGUGCUGGCUUCGAACAUUAGAGGUCCUUGGCUAAAACUGCAACACUUCUUUCCUACCAAACAGAGCUCUGACGUGUGGGAAAGUCUUGCUCAAAGAAUGUGUAAAUAUGUUUUACCCCUUUCACAAACAACAGGAACAAUUGGCUGGUCCUAUAAAAUUCUGAUAUUCAUAAUAAAGCAGAAGUAAAAUUCUGAGUGGCUCUCUAGGUCAGGUAUCAUAUAAAACCAUAUCACAGUUCUCAUCAUAUACAUCAAGGUAUAUUGAAUCUAAACAAAUAUGUCAAGAUUCCUGCAUGGCUUCCCAAACUCUCAACAUACAAACUGAAGUUCUGAAUCUGCAAUGUUUGAAUGCAUGUAUCCAACCUUCAGGGUAAUGCGUGGUUAAAAUUGCUAGUAAUAACUGUGUAUCUGGAAAUAGGUGAGGGCUUCAGCACCUCUUUGAAUGGCACAUUUUGACUAUUUUUAUAAUGUUUCUAAUUCAAUGUGGGAUAUUUAGCAUGAAAUUAAGUUCAUGGUUAGUGUGCAGGCAUGAUUCCCAAUAUAAUUGGACAGUGAAGUGUCUGACAGACAGUACCUGUUUGUUUGGAUUAGAAACAUCUGAAAUAAUUUAAAUUAUUUUGCAAUAAUGUAGUGCACAAUUAAUAAUGUAUCUUUCAGAAUCGAUGUAAAACAUAUUUAAAAAUUUUUGGAGGAUUUUAUUCCAUUAUAUCUGGCUAUCUGAAGAAACUGAGAAAACUAAUUGCAAAUGAGUUGGAUAUUUAAAAUACAUUUUAGGACCAAUUUUCUAACUAGAUUGAUCCAUUACAAUAGAAUGGAAUUGUUUUAAUUUCUAAAAGCAGCUGCUUCAGCAUAAACUGGUAUUAUGCCAGACUUGUCAACUGGCAUUACAAGUUGUGACUGCUUGUUUUGUAUUUGCAAAGUUAAAGUUUCUUUGAAUACUGAAUAUUUUAUCCAUCAAAUAAAAAAUGUCAACAAAAAAAUAUAGAGACUGAGAAGAAGCAAAACAUUUUUAUAUUAAAAAAGGUUAGCAGAGCCAGCACCCUCAAAUAACUUUUGGUUGGAAUUCCAGCUGAUUUAUUAAUUUCAUUAACAAAAUGGAUCCAUGCCAUUUUGGAGUUACUUAUCUUUAUGGUUUAAUUUUCUCAUUUUAAUUGUAGGGAAUUAUCCUUUCAUUUCUGGCUGAAAAUCUUCCCAAAUUUAGAUCUGAAUUUACAUAUUAUUUCCAUACUUCUGAAAAUGUAUUUUAUCAAAAAUAUUUCACUGAAUGUGACUUAACACCUCUGAAAAUUAGUACUUGCUUACUUGGAAGGAGAUCCCUCACUCAGUGAACCACUUGGAAAUAUUACUUACAUUCUGCAGAAAAACUCUGAAUUGGAUGUUUUAAAGGAGCAGGUCAACCUGUGCCCUAGAAGAGUCUGACUGAACUGCAGUUCAGGGCUAAUACCAGCCUAAAGAUGAAUUACCAGUCCUACAAAUCUUUACAUUUAUGGGCCCAGUUCCAUUCCUAUUCAAGAAAAAAACAGCUGUUCUCAUUGUAUAUAAGAUUCAUUUGUACCCUAAGUAGAUAACACCAAGACAAAAAAAUGGAACAGAAGAAAUGACAGACUAGUCUCAUCUUUAAUGUGUAUACACACAUUUUCUCUCCUUGCUUCUUACAGGGUUAAUAUUGUUGAAAUUCCUAUGGCAAGAAUCCUGAGCAACUGAAACUUAAUAUCCUACUACACAGAUCAUUUAUGGGAAAUAUGUAUGUUUCCCUUACUGUAUGCACAAUACAAUGGGAUUCUAGGAAGGAACCAAAUCAUAGGAUGUCCAUGCACCAUUGAAUUCCAACAAGGAUGAUCUGUUAAGUCAAAUGAAUAGACAAUAAAGAUUAAAUUUAAUUCUUGGAACAAUGGGAAUUAGGAUUUUGAGAGGUAUUGAUGGAAAAAAGAUAGAUUAAGAAGGAACAGAAACAGCACAAUAGCAAAACAGCAAUCGUUGACUACCAACAAAUGGAAUGUCCAAUAUUGUUCUUAGUACACAGAAGGGAUUUUCUUGGAGAAAUGUUAUAAAAUUGUUAGCACAGCUGAGAUCGUAUAUUUGCUCUACUUGCAUUUGUUUUUCACCAGUAAUGUACUUUAAAUAUGUAUCAUUACUAUUAAAAGCCUGAUGGAUGGAGCCGUGCUACAAUUUUGAUUUUAUUUAGACUGGUUUUCUAAAGAGUUACAAUAUCCUGGUGGCAGUGAUAUAUACACUCCAAGUUAAUUAUCUAUUUUAGCUUGAUGGUAUGUUCUUGAUAUAUAAUCCAAGGAAACAGGUUACCCACACUGUAAAAUUCCAAUUUAAAAAGUUUCCUGAGUUAAAAAAUGAUAAAAUGUUUUGGGGUUUUUUUCAUAACUGAGGCACUUCUGGAAUACAUUUAACAUGUAUAUUUGUUGUUCAGAUUUUAAUAAAAAUAUCAUUUGACCAGAUUGAUUUUAAAAGUGUUAAGUUUGUAUUUAAAACUGGAUAAUACUCUGGCUAGUAUAAUAUGUAAAGUAGUAAUUUUGUUUUGUAUUCUCUGUAUAAAGUGUUUUAUAUUAUACAGUAGCUAAGUGAAUUGCACUAUUGUACAUGCAGCGCGCCUUUUUUUUUUAGGUUAUUCAAGGAAUUCCUGGGAAUGUAGUUUAAUGCAAUAAUAUUUUUUUUUU